GUGCUGUACUCCGUGGCUUUCGUGGUUUCUCCACACGCCAUGAGAAGCGCUUCUUCUCCGCCGAUGCCGAGAAGCGCGGCGAUCUUGGAAUUGGGCGAUGCGGCGGCUGUUUAGCCGCCUCGGCUCCACCCGUCUCGAGAGCGAGAACAGCUCUGAGUCGGAGGGAAGCAACGAGAGUUGGAGCUCCGGCUUUUCGUCCUUGGGAAGCUUCACGCGCAUCGAUUUGGCCUUCGCCCUAGAAGGGCAAAAUGGCUGUGGCUUGAAGAGCUUUGGGUAUUUUCUCAGCCAAUGUCUGGCCUUGACGGUGGCGGUGCUUUUCUUCCUGUACCUGGGCCCUGGGCAACGACAAGGUGAAGGUGUGGCGGCUGAAAAGAUGCGAGAGGUCCUGAGCGACGUGCCCCAGCUGGUGCUUGCAGUGGGGCCAGGGGAGACGGUGCCUUGCCAUCGCGAACCGGCCUUCUUCUUCGUGCCCUUCAGCUUUGGCAUCCUCGCAAGCCUUGUUGCAAACUGGAUCCUUUGGACAGCUGGGUGUUGGCACUUUUGGAUCACAGGACUCUUUCUUCAGUUGGGCUGCAUCUAUGGUUUCGUCACGGCAUUGGAUGAGUGCAUCCUCUCGUUGCGUCAGGGCUUAGUGGAAGCGGGCAGCAGCGUCUACCUGAUUUGUCCACUGGGAUACCUCAAGGCCCCAGGCUUAGAUCCCUUCAUCAUGAAACACUUCCUCUUCCUCACUGGGAAGAUUGCCAGCUUGGUGUUGCGUGUGUCCAUCCAGCUGUUGAUAGCUCUCUGGGUGGAAGCCAUGACCUUGUACCGUCUCAAGUGCAUGAAGGCUGUGAGUGGGCGAAAGCGCAGCGCUUUGUGUCUACAGGUGACAUUCCUCUGGUGGAUGCAGGUGAUGCUGUUGCCUGUGGCCAUGCUGCCGGUGAGGAGCAUCACACCCUUUGCACGGAAGCUGAUUUUUUUUGCUUUUCUGGCGAGCUACUUGCUGGGGGCUGUGCAGAUCAUCCGACUUCUAUUGACCAUCAUUGCCAGGCUUCGGGAAUACUACGCCACCGCGGAGCGGCAUCGGGACACGGAGGAGGCCUUGGAAUGUCUGCAGCGUGGGCGUGAGCGGGUCUGGAUCAACUGUAUUGGCUACUUCGUGCAUGUGAUCCUGGGCAUUGCCAUUGGCACAAUCGUGGUGAUUUCCAAUGAGCAAGCCUUCAACACGCGGGAUGAGGUGGACAGUGAAGACUUCCCGACACUGCUGCGGAUCUCAUUCAUCCUUCCGGCCUUCCAUAUCUUCAUCUUGAUCGGUGGGCCUUGGGUCCUGGGCAAUGCGAACGCCACCGUCGCGCAGCAGAGCCAGUUCUGCGUCUGGCGCCGCAAGCGGACGCGUACCCAGAGGCUGGAGCCCAGCUGGCUGGAGAAGGUCCGCGACCUCUCCCAGCGUGGCAUCACUGUAAAGGACCUCUUGGCUUUCUACAGACGUCUUGGGAAGGACCUGAUGCCUCACUUCGAUCCACAAGUGCACACGACCCGCGACGUGGUUCGCUGCGGGGUGAUUCCCGUCACGCGGCAGUCGGGCUGCGCUUAUGCCGUGCACAUUGCAGAUGGGAAGCCUGUGCCAGUGCGCAACAUGGUGACCCAUACCUGGGAGAACCUCUUCCGCGAUCUUGUCGCUGCUGUGGUCGCGGAUGCGUUGGAUGAGAACACCUUCGACGUGAUCGCCCAUAUCUUGCAAGAGGAUCCCUCCUUGCUGGAACAGAUGCUGGGUGAGGUGAAUCAGCUGCACGCGACCUAUUGGAUUUGCGCCUUCGCGGUGAAUCAACACACCAGCAUUUGCAACAUCAAUCCCGGCCGCAACGUGGACUCGCUGACCAAGCAACCCUAUCCGCUCUGCGACUGCCGCACCCCCAAGUUCCUGAACAACACGCCACCCCUGGAUGGCAAGGGUCGUUCCAUUCAGUGUGAACUGAACAAGUUCGAUCACAUGAUGGCCAUCAUCGCCGCAGACAAUCGCCACUUCGCGGAGGUCUUGGCCAUCGACCAAGACUUCGGUCUGUUCAACCGCGCCUGGUGCGUGGCGGAGCUGGCGGAGGCGCGCUUGCUGCGGAUGCCACAGCACGUGAAGAUCCCCUCCAAAAGCGCGUUGGCCCGGCACAUGGACGGCCUUCGACACCUCCGUGUGCAGGAGCUGCGCGCCACGCGGCCCGAAGACGUCCAGGAGAUCCUGUCGAAGAUCCCAGACUUCGAAAGCUUCAACCAGGCGUUGCAUGAGCUGAUCUUUGAUCCUCAGCUGGGUAUUCUGGCCAACUGGAGAGACCUCGAUGCCGCCCGACAGAUGGAAGAAGUAGGCCGGCUGCUGCGCUGGGGGCGUGCUGAUGCUGGGAGGGGCUUGGUUUGGAGCUCGUGGUGAUGACCUGACGAUGGGAAAGCACACCGGAAUGCCUUCGUCUUUGAGAAGGUCGGAUGGGGCAAGAGCAUGUGUUUCCGUGAGAGGAGUGCGGUUUUAGCGGUUUUCGGCAGACCGGAACCGCACCAGGCGGACCGGGACACCGGUUUUUCCUGCAGAACCAUGAACAGCGACGCUCCUAGACAUGGUAUGGUCAACCUGUCGGGGUGAAAAGGACCUCCGGCCUUUGACCCAUAGCCAUGCGGAGAGUGAGACGAGCGGAGAGCGUUUUUCGUGCUUUUCCAUGUUAGAGAUGUUAGAGGCGUCCCAUCCCUCGCACUGUCAGAGCUUGGUGUUUUUUUUCAUGACAUGGCGGGUGCCUCCAUGAAUAUCCGCCUCGGCCGACAGUGAGAAGGGUUGACCUGUUAAAAAG